AAAAAAACAUAGACGUCAGUAAAUGUUCACAAACGACAGACUCCAGAUCAUGUGUCAUCAUUGAUGAACUCCAGAGAGAAGAUCGAACCGGUUCUACACUAAAUAUGGCCGUUGGGCCUCGUCGGCGCUGAACGCAGUGCGCGCUCCCGCGACGUACAUGCACGGCUCCGCAGAGCGUCUGUAACACCUGAGCGGACAAACGGCCCCGACGAGUUUAACGGGAAAUACGUUCAGAAACCGUUGUUUUGCCGACAGGCUGAAAGUAAGCACCGGCGACACGGUGCGUGUGUCCAGCUGGGAUGUUUGUACUUCAGACGGUUUCAGGUGUUCAUCUUGGAAUAAAUGAAAUUGCAGAAGGACACAACCAAGAGAGAUCUCUUCCUGCGCCCAGCUCUCCUCCGUCAUCUCCCAGCUGCAGCUCCACCCAAACACGACCACCAGCCGAAUCCCCUCUGAGGUCUCCCUGGGUGACGGAUGGUCAGAUGGAGCAGGACCCGGAUUCCCAGCAGCACCACCACGAGCUUCAGUCGAGUCCUCCAUCUCGGCCCUACGAGGAACUCUUCUGCAGCAGCCAGGGCUCCCACGCUGUGGGCCCUCUGACCGGCGCCCUCGUGACCUCCUGCGGGCCACACAGCGAUGUGGUGAAACAAGGUUUCCUCGGGAAGCUGGACCGGAACCACAGAAGAUAUUUUGUCCUGAGAGCAGGAAGUCACACCGGGCCAGGCCGACUCGAAUGGUACAAGAACCAGGAGAAGUCUGCUGGUAAAGCUGCGCUGUCUGGCUCAAGCAAGCUGGGGGUGAUGUACCUGAGGUGCUGUCUCGGUGUGAGUCGGAGCGGCAGUUCUAGGAAAGGUCACACGGUGGCGCUGUAUGCCAAGGAUCAGACCAUGGUGCUGGUGGUGGAGGACCAGUGGGAACAAGAAGCCUGGUACCUGGCCAUGAGGAAACUGAUGGAGGAAGAGCGGAAGGAUGAAGAGCGCGGAGAAGGAUGUGAUGAAGAGGAUGACGGCUAUUGCACCCUUCCCUCCGCUGCUUCCUUCAAAGAGGUGUGGCCCGUCACAGUGAGGCCCACAGGUCUGGGCUGUACCAAGUCUCUGUCCGGGGAGAGCCGUCUGUGCCUCACAGCCACGUCUCUCAUCCUGGUCAGAGUGACGGCGUGCAGCGAUUUGCCGUCGCUCACAAUACCGCUGCUCAGCGUCCGGCGCUUUGGUCACUUGGACGGUUCCUUCUACUUGGAGCUCGGCAGGUCGGCACCAAAUGGGCCCGGCGAAAUCUGGAUGGGAGCGAGAGACCAAGGGAACCCGGCAGUCGCCCAUCGCAUUCACGAGGUGGUUAUUGAGACGGUCCGGACGCUCCGAGCUCUUCCCGACUUCAGCCGCUCACCGGCCUCCUCCCGCAGUCAGCUUCAAGCCCUCCUGCCUUCAAAACGCGGCCGACCCAAAUACAGAGACAAAGCGGUGAAUGUGAGGCCGCCCGGUGCUCGUCCGGCGCCGCUCCUCAGGAACCCUGAAACCCAGACGAGUCCCCCUGAAUGUCCCCUCCAGCCCGACAGACCACACCGCACGCAGCCUGCGUCCACUGCGGGCUCUGCCUCACACCCCGGCCCUCUCGCGUCCCCUCGGAGCUCCACGUCCGAGACAGACGACUACGUGGAAAUGAAGACGGACCAGCGCGUCCCAGUGGACCAAGGGAGGGACAGAGGCGCUGCCAUGGCGACGGGGGACCUCUGCAGCGGGAGCUGGAACCCGGGCGAGGCUCAGCGUCUAGGUUACAUGAUGAUGUCACCGCCAGGAGGACACAGUUCACCUGCACUGCCUCAGGACGACUAUGUGACCAUGGCGAGCCCACAAAAACCCAACGCACAACCUCGCCCUUCCUCCUCCUCCUCUUCCCUCCAGACGUCAUUCGACAGCUUUACCUCGGACCGCUCCUCUCCUCUGCGCGCGUCGCAUCAUCGGACCAACGAGCACAGUCCUCCACGCCGCCUGGUGACCUCGCUCCAGCAGUCGGAGACGGGAGCCGGCCAAUCACAGAGGAGCAUCCGCUGCUCCAGCCAACCACAGGAAGCAGCAGAGAGCUGCUCGUCUCCUGUGAGGAGCGUUGAUCCGUCUGCCGCGAUGACUCAGUUUGUCCAAAGUGGACCAGACCAUGCCGGGCCGGGCCGGGCCAGCCGAGCGGCCUCGGACCAAUCUGGUAGAAGAUGGCGGCUGUCUUUGUGUCUGCCGUCCUGCCUGCUGGCUGAGGACGGAGACGGAUUGUAAUGAUCGUUCUUCUGGUGACCUUCUAGUUACAGCAACUUAUGAAAGAAUAAUUGAUGGAAUAUUUCAAUCAACGGAGCUUAAAAGGUUUAAAUAUGUUUAAUAUGUAUUUGUCUGUAAAUUCACUGUCUGUUUGGUUUCAGUUUGCCCCGUUUCUACAUCUUCUUUGUUUUUCCUCGUUUGGAUUAAAUUGGGACUUGAAGCACUUUCACUGUUAUAUGAAGAAGUAAAAGAAUAAAGUCACAUGAAAGCAAAUGUU